AUGGAGGCCAUGAAGGAACAAAUGACAACAAUGAUGGAAGCAAUGAUGAGCAUGAGGAAGAUGAUGGAGGAUAACACUGCUAUAGUUAUUGCUGCGAGUACUGCUACUGAGAUGGACCCGAUUCACCCAGCUGGUUUCAAUCAAGUGAAUCAUCCAGUCUCAGAUGUAGUAGGUCAAGAAGGUGAGGUAGUGAAAAAUGCAUAUGGGCCUCAUCAUGUUCAGGUGCAAUUCGAGCAAUGCCACCGCCCACAGAAGCGACGAAGUGGACGCGUCCUGCGCCGCAAAGAGGAAGUCGAAGAGGUAGCCACUGAUCUCGGCGUCGGUGGAGAUCGGCUGCGGCGUGUCUCCGACACUGGCGCCGGCGAUUCCUCCCCUCUCAUUCCCGACAACCACCUCGCCGACGACAACGAGCACGAUCGACACUCGUCCAAGGACCGCGACCGGCACAUGUGCUUCUUCUUCACCGACGACCCUAGGGUUUCGCCUCACAACUCCUGGAUCUCUCUUGUUUUCACAUUACUUCUUCUUCUUGUUGGUUUAGUCUCCCAUUUCACCAUCUUCAAUAAUCUCAAUGCGCCUUACUUGUGUAAAAAAGAUGGGAUUGUUCUUCACUGCCCGCAUGUUAAAGAAUCACCAUCACUUUGGGAAAAUCCUUUCUCUUCCACAACAUCUUGGAUGCUUAGCGCCAGGAUGGUGUUUUACCAGAACUUCCUCCUGAAAAUGAAACAAAUGGCUAUAUAUUCAUCCAUGCUGAAGGUGGUCUAAAUCAGCAAAGAAUUGCGGUAUGAGAUAUGUUCUUUCAUAU